AUGCGAGUACUCUGUCUACACGGCCAUGGCACUUCUUCUACAAUUUUCGAAACCCAAUUGACCGCUAUUUGUGAAGCUCUGGACGAGUCUAUGGAAAAUGAAUAUAUUUUCAUCGAUGGUCCUGUGGAAAGCGACCGAGUACGAGGUUCGUAUUUGCUCCUUUCGUCUGGCAUACAUUCUCAGCUAAUCUUCGGGCUCGCCGAGGCAGGUAUGAGUGAGAUGGUUCCUGGCCCAUUCUUCGGUUGGUUCACUGGGUUUACACCGAACGAGAUUCAAGCCUCUCAUGAUCUGGUGGCUGAGGUGAUUGCAGAAGACGGGCCGUUUGACGCCAUCUUCGGCUUCAGCCAAGGCGCUACACUAGCCCUUUGUUAUCUUCUACAACACUCGGAGCCGCCCCCGGUGCAUUUCGCUGUGCUCUUCUCUUGCGCCGGUCCGGCCUUUUCGUCUGACAUGUCUUUAAGCUGCGAAAUUAUUCGUGGAUUCGUGUCGGACGAUUUUGACACAUUGCAAUAUUUGGCGACGGAUAUGGAGUCUUCUGGUCCCGACCCAUCUGUGCCAUUAUCCAUUGGGUCUGACAUUUCGCCAAGGGAAGCCUUUAUGGAAACUAUAUCCUCAGCUCUGCGAUUAGGAGGUGAUAAUGGCUUCAUUGCUCCCGCCGCAGCAGUCGAGCAGUGGAGAGCUGCAUCCGUGGCCGACCGAGAGGAGCUGAUGACCCGUGUAUUCCAUCCAUCAUUAACGUCCACGCGAGUGAAGAUCCCCACGGUUCAUGUACUAGGACAGAGCGAUACUGCAGAGGUGUUCGCGCAGGCAGCGCUUUGCCGGAACCUCUGCGAUGCCCGCUUGGUUGAGCAGGUGGAGCAUUCGGCAGCCCACGAUGUGCCUCGGAAGUCUGAAGAGGUGCAGCAAGUGGUCCAAGCAAUCCUGGCAGCGAAAAGCGAAGCCGAAUUGAUGGGAUUCUAG